GACCUCGCAGUUCUCUUCGGAACUUCGUCAAACGAAGAAUGGAUUUUUUUGACAAUCGUUAUUACAGAAUGAACAAGUUGCUUAUGACGUCCAUUGGACAGUGGCCUUAUCAAUCUCUAAAGCAACGACAAAUCCUGUGGGUAUUGGUGCACCUGGCUAUCGGAACUGUAUGUCUCGUCCAGGGAUUGAAGCUUCUUCAAUAUUGGGGGAACAUUGAUAUGAUGGUUGAGUGUAUGGUUCCUAUGGGUGUUCAAAUCGUUGCGUGCCUCAAAUCGUCCAAUUGUAUCUUCAAUCGCGUUAAGAUGGGACAACUUUUGGAGCUAAUGAAAAAGGACUGGGCCGGGGUCGAAAAUGAAGCAGAAUUGAGUAUUCUUAAGAAUUACGCUCAUACAGGAUUUUUAUUGGGUUUCAGUUACGUAGUUUGUGUUUUCGGUUCUCUGGCGAUUUAUCUAAUCGUACCUCUGACACCACAAAUCUUUGACAUCAUUUUGCCACUGAACGAGUCACGUCCACGACAGUUUUUAUAUGAGGUUGAGUACAUAAUUAUCGACGAGGAAGACCAUUACGUAUCGAUCAUGAUCCACAAUUACGUCGGAUCGAUUAUUACGAUUUUGGUGGUUGUCAGUGUUGACGCGAUGCUUCUCGCCUAUGUCCAUCACAUAUGUGGAAUGUUUUCAAUAUUAGGAUAUCGAUUGGAAAACAUUAUCAAAGACACGAAUAUAGACGAAAACAGAGCUCGGGAUAUCGGGAAUGAAAAAAUUUAUAUGCGCAUUGCUCAUUGUGUCGAAUUUCACGGACAAGUUCUUGAAUACACUCGUCUCAUUGAAACAUCGUACUCGACGUCAUUUCUUUUCCAAAUGGCAGCCAGUAUGUUAAUGAUUAGUGCAACGGGACUGCAGGUCGUUUCGCAUCUGGGAGACUACGAGCAAGUUUUCAGACACGGGCAGUUCAUAAUGGGUCAAUUGUUUCAUCUUUUCGUCAACAGUUGGCCAAGCCAAAUGCUCACCGAUCAUACGUUCCGUUUCAGGGAAUCCGUGUAUUUCGCCAAAUGGUAUCGUUUCCCGUUGCGCGGGAGGCAUCUUUUGAGACUUGCAUUGCUGAGGAGUCUCAAACCUUGCCAAAUGACAGCUGGAAAUCUAUACGUCAUGUCGAUGGAAAGUUUUGGAACGGUCAGACGUUUUUUUAUUAUUAAUUAUUUUCACUUUUCGAAGUUUCAUGCCCAUAUCGAUGUUUACGAACUCGUCUCAGGUCUCAGCCGACUGUUUUCUCCUUUCCCUAACUUCCAUGGUUUCAGUCACGCAUCAUUCGCCGCGGAGAAAACAACGUCCUCGUUGAAUCAUCGAUCGUUUAUAAUAACAACUUGCAUGUUCACAACAUUGAUAACGUUCAUUCUUAUGCCCGUGGUGCCCAAAUUAAUGGAUGUGGUGAACCCCAUCAAUACUUCAAGGCCCUUAAUUUAUCCUCUCCCACUAUCAUACGGUUACAUUAAUGUGGAUAAAUAUUAUAUUCCAAUCAUGAUUCAUGCUGAUUGUGCUAUUUUGAUCGCAAUCACUACGAUCGUCGCAAUGGACACUACUUAUACCGUGUAUGUUCAACACGCUUGUGGACUAUUCGCAGCUUUGGGGUCCAAUGAAAAGAAAUUCGUUGAUACGAAUAAUACGAGAAAAAUGGAUAGAGCUACGUACCAGGCGGUCGUCGAUUGCAUAGAAAUGCAUCAGGGAGCCAUCCGAUACGAAGCGCAGUGGUACGAGACCACUCCUCGUUCACAAAAACUAAUACUUCUAAUGAUGAUGAGAAGCAUCGAGCCCUGCAAAUUAACUGCUGGAAAAUUUUUCGAGAUGUCCUUCACCAGCUUCAGCCUGGUGUGCAUGGAUGUGUCCGAUAAUCUGUAUUUUCAAAUUAAUAAAAUUCUUCUCAUCUAUCUCGGGCAAUGGCCCUUUCAAAAAACUUCCCACAAGUAUUUAUACAGAAUGAUUUACGUUUGUGUAAUGACGACCGGUGCAGUGUCAUUGAGUCUCUACAUGAUUGAUGGAUGGGGCGAUUUGGAUUCGGUCGUAGAGAGUACAUCUUUUUGCAUCUCUGAAGCUGCAAUCGUGGUGAAAUUUUUUAACUAUAUUUUGAAAGAGGAACAGAUAAAAAGUCUAAUAUUCCGUAUGCGAAGUGAUUGGAAAUCAGAUAUUCUUCAACCUCAUCUAGAAGUAUUGAGAAAAUAUGCGAUGGAGGGGAAAUCAUUGACACGAUUUUACAGUGUCUACAUGUACAUGACUCUGACAACAUUUAUUCUUAUGCCUUUGGAGCCCAUAUUAAUGAACGUCUUGGCCCCGUUGAAUGCAUCAAGAUCUCUAAUUUACCCUCUCCCAAUGGCAUACGGUAACAUAGACACAGAGAAAUAUUACAUUCCGAUUAUGCUUCAUGCUGAUGUUUGUAUGUUUCUUGGCAUUACGACGGUCAUCGCAAUGGACACGAUGUAUACCGUGUUUGUUCAACACGCUUGUGGGUUAUUCGCCUCUGUGGGAGAUCGACUACAGCAACUGAUGGAAUCAAAUGAGAAUGAGUUUGUUACCACCAUGAGUAGUAUAAAAAUGGAAAACGCUAUGUAUCAAGCGGUGGCGGAUUGCAUCAAGAUGCAUCAAGGAGCCAUAGAUUUUGCCGCUGCGGUUGAAUCGGUUCAUGCAAAUGUAAUGCUACCUGUGAUUGGUUUAAGCGUUAUUUCCGUAAGCAUGGGAGGAUACCAGGUGGUCAUGCAUUUGGACCAGCCCGAUGAGGCCACCCGAUACACAGUUUACACACUCGCCAAAUUCUUUCAUGUAUUCUACCUCAGUUGGCCAGGACAGAAAUUGAUUGAUCACAGCGAACAACUACGGGAUUUAGUAUACGAGGCAAAAUGGUACGAGAUCAGUCCUCGUACGCGAAAAUUAUUACUUUUCAUGAUGAUGAGAAGUAUCGAACCUUGCAAAUUAACAGCUGGAAAAUUAUAUGACAUGUCUUUUGCUAAUUUCGGUUUGGUUAUGAGAACGUCGAUGUCAUAUUUCACGGUACUCACUUCCUUUAGAUGAAUGACGGUAUGAAAAAAUUCUGUUAUCUACCCAAGGAAGGUUGUUUCGUCAUACAAUGAAGAAUUUUCAAUGCAGUAUCGGAUGCGAUUUCUUUGCAAAAACAGCAAUGAAAUUUCGUCAGCCAAUAGUACCUCUGUAACAAAACUAAAAACUGUUAAUUACUUUGUAGUGUAAAGAUCGAUAAAUUUUCGUAGUCGAAGCGACAAGCAAA